AUGGCGGCUUUGGUGGUAUUGGUCAUUCAAUUCAAUAUUGAUGUGGUCUUUUUGCCUUUUGUAUUGGAUGGUUUACAACGGUGUUUAGGUUUUGUGUAUAAAGUUCGGGUAAUUAAAGUGUAUAGUGAAGAUGAUACGAGCAGAGCUUUGGAAGUACCAAGUGAUAUAACAGCCAGGGAUGUAUGUCAGCUCUUGAUACUGAAGAACCACUACAUUGAUGACCAUAGCUGGACUCUGUUUGAACAACUUACCCACACAGGUUUAGGAAGAGCUAUAGAGGACCAUGAAUUAGUAAUGGAAGUCCAGUCAAAUUGGGUAACGGAAGAAGAAAAUAAACUGUAUUUUAGAAAAAAUUAUGCCAAGUAUGAAUUUUUUAAAAAUCCGCUGAGCUUUUUUCCAGAUCAUAUGAUAUCUUUUCCAAGUGAGACGCAUGCAGCUGUAAGCCAUUCUGGGAUAUUACAGAUGUUCCUAAGCUCCAGCACGUAUCCUGAGAUUCAUGGUUAUUUGCAUGCAAAAGAGCAGGGAAAAAAAUCCUGGAAAAAAUUGUACUUUCUUUUGCGAAGAUCUGGCCUUUAUUUUUCCACUAAAGGUACAUCUAAGGAGCCAAGGCAUCUGCAGUUUUUCUGUGAAUUCAGCAAUAGUGAUAUGUACAUGUCUUUGACAGGCAAAAAGAUUCCUGGAGCACCAACAAACUAUGGAUUCUACUUUAAGCCUAACAAAUCAGGAGGGACCAGAGACCUGAAACAGCUCUGUGCAGAUGAUGAGCAAAGUAGGACCUGUUGGAUGACAGCAAUUAGGUUGCUUAAGUAUGGGAUGCAGCUGUAUCAGAAUUACAUGCAACCAUAUCAAGAUAGAAGUGGCUGCAGCCCUUUGAAUAUAACACCUAUGAGAAGCAUUUCAGAAAACUCUUUGGUAGCAAUGGAUUUCUCAGGACACAGAAGCAGAAUUAUAGAAAAUCCAACAGAAGCCCUUUCAGUUGCAGUUGAAGAAGGAUUAGCGUGGCGGAGAAGAGGUUGUCUACGACUCAACUCACAUGGUAGCCCUAUUGCCAUGUCUAACAUGGCUAUACACAGAUCUCAGUCAUGGUUUCAUCAUAAAAUAUCUAGAGAAGAGGCUCAGAGACUUAUUUUGCAGCAUGGACUUGUAGAUGGGGUAUUCCUGGUACGUGAUAGCCAAAGUAACCCCAAAACAUUUGUAUUGUCAUUGAGUCAUGGAUUAAAAAUAAAGCAUUUUCAGAUUGUACCUUUGGAAGAUGAUGGGAAGCUAUUCUAUACCCUUGAUGAUGGUCAUACCAGAUUUACUGAUCUCAUCCAGCUAGUGGAAUUCUACCAACUUAAUAAAGGAGUACUGCCUUGCAAGUUAAAGCACUAUUGUGCACGAAUUGCUCUUUAAACAAAGCACCUGUUGCUUCAUCAAAGGGAAAGGAAGAUACUAGAAUACUUUUUCCCUUAAAGGCAAUUUGUAUAGUAAGAAGGGAAAAAAACAUUACAUUGUAAAGAUUCUACAUUUCAGCUGCAAAAAGAAAUUUAUAUUCUAUAUAGGUAAGAACUUUGCUUUGUGAUUGUCACAACAAACUUAACUUUAUGGUU